AUGCAGCCUUCAAGCAUUCUCAUGACUCUUUCGGCGCUCUUCAUGGGCAUGGCUCAGGCUUCCCCGACCCCCGAGAAGAACCUGAACCUACAUCCGAAAGGUCACGUCACCGUUGAGUUCUACAACGGCUAUGGCAAGAGCUACACUGAGAAGGUCUGGCCUGAUGGCGAUGAGCACUGGUUCAACGAGGGCGAGGAUCACUGGAAGAGGCACUUCGAUGUCAAGUUCAUUAAGUACUACACGGAGGUGGAGGACUGCGAAAUCCGCUGUCUCCCAACACACUCUUAUUACCCUUGGAGCCCACUCGAUGUCAAGAAGUUCUUCCAGUUGCCGGACGAGUACGGAAAGAAGGUCUUUGGCCUCCUCCUGGAGUACCCGCAGCCCGUCGAGGUCAUCCGAUGUGACCUUCCAUGA